GGAGAGCGGCGAGUGGUGGGGGGAGCUGCGUGCGCCGCCUGGCUUGAGUCGACCAUCGCCUUUGACUUCAGUGCAGCUCGAUAGCCUAGUGAGAGUGGUCGUUUGAGACGUGCAGUGAAUGAUGGAGUUGAAUCAAGACCCGCGGUGAACAGCAGCCCCAAGAUGUGACGACAGGUCGCAGCAACUGCCGACAGCGCCACAGGUAGAAACACAGUGAAGCGACAAACAACAAGCGACAACACCGAGGAAAUUAACGGCGGUCUACAACCUGGCAAAAAUGAGGGUGGCAAAGUAGCGGUCGGCCAGAUAUCACACGCAGCAAUGACGCUAAAAAGGCAACGCCAGUGGCGGCGCCAGUCGUCACACACUGCAAACAAUGCGGUGUCGGCGUCACAGCGUCUGGAGCAGCACUGGACUAGUUGAAGCAGCGAUGUCUGGUCUGCAGACGGGGCCUCUGCUGCCCACAGCCCGGCCGCAGCCGAACGUGACGGCGAGCUGGUUCCCCAGCGGCGGAGUGGCCACCACUACAGUGACCCGCUGCCGCUAUCCGGACUACAACUACGACGUCGCUACGGCCGUAAUCUGUGGCAUGUACCUCGUUUUCGGUGUCGUGUACAGCCUCUUCGGGUACCGGUGCUUCAAGGCCGUUAUGUUCCUGACCGGCUUCAUCUUUGGCUCCAUCAUCGUGUACCUCAUAUGCCUGCAGGAGAAGCUGCUGCCCGCUUAUGGCAACGCAGGGGUGGCUCUGGGUGCGGGACUGCUGUUUGGCCUGAUCACAAUGCUGGUGCAGUACGUGGGGCUCUUCAUGACAGGGUUCCACACCGGUCUCUUCGCGGGGGUGGUGGCCUUGGCCACAGCCGAACAGUUCCGGUGGCAGCCGACCACGGUGUGGACAAGUGCGGCCGUCCUUCUUGGUUCUGGUCUCCUGGCGGCUGUUCUCAACUUGUACUGGCAAAAAGGUCUGACGGUCCUCGGGACCAGUGUGUACGGGGGCGCCAUCAUGGCGGGUUCGCUGGACUACUUCGUGGAGAAGUUCCUCAUGGUCAAGUGGGUGUGGGACAGAGUGGCUCUGAAGCCCAGUCCCGCGCCUUGCUGGUUCGGGUGGCUCAUCCUUGCCGUGUGGCCACUCAUGGUCCUAAUCGGUAUCAUCACCCAGUGGGCCGUCACCGGCCGCGGGAUUCAUCACCAAGAGCUGGUGCCAUCCAAGAAGGCACGUCACCUCAACAUGCAGCAGCGGGUGCGUACUCGUGAGCAACGUGCAGAGCUACGCCAGAAGAAGUACCGCUACUUGUACCAGGUGCGCACCGCCCAUGGAGAUGUCAUUAGUCAGAGUUAUGUACAAGCACUUCAGAGGAAGGUAUGUGGGCCAGGACCAGAGUCAAAUACCCUGCAGUCUGAUUCGACCCACCUCACCAUUCUGGCCGCUGACCAGGCACAACAGCUGACAGCACUGACCGAAUCAGAGGAUGAUAGCAGGGAUUUGUCCGCAGACAUCAUCCAGCUUGACAGGCGACAUCAUGACUCAAACCAUGGCAUCACCAGACCCCCCUACCGAUAGUGCUUUUCAGUAUCAUGGUAAAGUGAUACGAGUGCAGUCAAUGUACAUCGAAAGUUACCAUAUCGAUAACAACAGACCAAUAUUCUGCAUGAUACAUCUUAGAUGCUGUGACAAAUUCAAUAUAGAAUAUAAGAAGCCAUCAGUGAUUCAGUUUAUAAAACUAUGAAUUAAGUCCAGGCACAGAAAUGUCAUAAAUAAAUGACAUGCAAAAAUGUGUUAUCAUUGUGAAAUACAACAGUGAACACAGUAACAAUAUACAAGUCUCCUCUUCAAUAAGAAUAUGUAUAUCAUAUUAUUAUAAAGAACCUGGUAGGUAGUAUCACAAAGACUCCAUAUAUAAGUACUCGCGUACAACGUAGGCAUAAUUGUAGACUACAAGUUAUGAGCAGUGAUUAUGCAACCUCCACAGUACACAAAGUGCUCACAUGAAGCACUAGACUCUCAGGCUGACGUGAAAGUAGUAACAGUACCAAGCACAAUUAAAUAAAAUGUGCAAAACAAAUGCACAGUUCAUUAUAUGCAAGUAUAAUUAAGAACAGAGGACAAAGACUAAGUAAUGUGUUACUUUAGCUUACUCUUAAGCUUCCAGUGGUGAAACAAAACUCACAUGAAGGAUGCAAUGCCAACAGUUAACUCAUCUUUUUGUCUCUGGAGUUGGUAUUACUGAAUGCAAAAGUACCAAAAGGAACUGUUAUGAGAUAUAGGGAGGUCCAAAACACAUACAAACCUGAUUUCAAAUGUGCAAACAGUACAUUAAAUAAAUUUACAAAGGCUCAAACCUUUGUCUCACUCAUUUCCAGAGUUUCUUCAUGAUUUUCCUCUGCUUGUAUAAAAACAACUAUUGGUUUGGUUCCUUUUACACUCUGUGAGGUAGCAUGUUUGGGAUUUCUUCAUUACUGACUGGAAGAUUAUUAUUAGCACUGUAUCAGGCAAUUAAGAUUAUUAAGCAUCAGUGAUACUGAAGAUGAAUUAUUAAUGGGGGGGGAACUAAAGAAAUAGUACUCUCAUACAGAUCCCACAUGAGCUGGUCAAGUCAUGUAACAGGAUCUGUACUGCUAAUGGUUUACUUUAGUUUAUCUGCAUCCAGAUCAAUGUUACCAGUUUCAUUUAUAGUGAUUGACAGCGUAAAUAAACAACCACUUCAGCUGGCAACCAUAAUCACUUCUGCCUUUGCAACUUGCACCAUCUUCAACAUCAUUACUAUCUGCCUUGCAGCAAGAAAGUAGAACACUGGACUAAAUAUGCCCAUUUGAAGCUAAGGUGGUAAAUUUCUGCACCCUCCUAUAUUUUCUGGCUUCUGCAGUGACAUGGUGUAGUCUUGUACAACAUAAUUUUAAGCAUUCCGUCUGCAUAGAUUUAACAAUUCUUGUUUCUGUGUGUAUUUCUUGUCUAUAAUGGAGUAGGUGUACCAAGUGCCUUUUGGAUGAUGGUGUUUGAAAGUUAAAAUGGAUCAAAUCAACUGGGUAUGCUCAUUAAAUAAAUAAAUAAAAAAAAUAUAUAUAUAUACUCAAAAAUCUGUAAGUAUAUAAAAAAUAUAUAUGCGUAGGGGUAAAAAUUAUAUUUAAAAUUACAUAAAUAAUAUAUAUUCAAGAUCUAUACAUAUAUAGGCAGUCUAAACAAAAAACAUAGUCAAAACUGCAUAACAGUCCAUCUUAGCGUAUGAAAUACGCAUAAGAUGGUACAAAUAUCAACCAUUGCCCAUGCAGUGUUCCUUGGAGAGCUCUAAAGUUAAAUGCUGGUUUGGAAAUGGCGUUGUCAACACCACCUAGCAUAUAAGGCCUAUAAUGACAGCUUUUUAAAUUUAUGAUUUCCUAUUUCAUACACUGACCAGUUCUAAUGGACCAGUCAGGCUGUCCAAAGUAACUUGCAAAUGAACAUGUACAUAUUGAUAUAAUUAAACAGAGCAGUAAUGUCAAAGAUCAUUUGAAUCUAGCAUAUAUUUAAAAAUGCAAAUACUACAUAAAGUUUAAUGUAUCUGGAGAACAUUUUAUAUAUAAUUUAUAUUCAUGUAAUCUUUCGUAAAAUUCUGAGUCCUAAAUUCUAUUUAAGCUUAUUUAUUCACUGUCGUUGUUCUGUUCUAUCAUAUAAUACUUCUCACAUUUGUCUUCAUCAUCAUAUUCUGAUGGUUGGUUUGCAUGUUAUAUGACAAUGCAUCAACUGCAAAGACUAUCUAACAUGGGAUGAGAUCAGAGUAUCAUUUUUGAAGCCAUCUACAUCUUCUAUUCAGAUGUCAUAUCUGAUCACUUGUUUGGUAGUCUGUGGAUAUUUUUAACAAUUCACUGUGAUGUUAUAACAUUAAAUUGGGGAAUCCUCCAAAGGCUAAAAAUGUCUGCUGAGUUUCAUGAAACUCAAGAAUUAUUUGAAGGGCAUAUGUACAGACAUCAAUCAUUGUUGUAUAAGGCUGUUUUUGUUUUCAGAAACAAGUUAGAAUGGAAAUUCAUUACAGAUAUGCCAACAUCACCUUAGCAUCUAUUCUGAGAUGACAGGUUCAAAUCCUGCUGCUUCUUUGUUUCUUGUUUGUCACCAUCUUAUCAAACAAUAGGCAAAGAAUGGAUAUGAGAUUACAGCAUCUCUUCCUGUUCACAUAAUCAAAUAACAAUCAAAUGUAAUAAGACAAUAGAACAAGAUAUUUAUCUGUUAUAAAUGCUUUGGUAUACUUGUGCUAUGGACUUAAGAUGAAAAGUCAUUUUACUACCAACGCACUGAAUACUGAAUCUAACAUUUUCCAUCUGAUAAAAACAAAAGCAUACACUUUUGAAUUUGUAUUUAUUUUCCAGCCACACUGUAACACAAAAUGUUCUCUUUACACAGACAUGCUUUGGCAUAAAUAGACCAUCAUCAGAGCCUCAUAAUUCUAUGUAAAGAAAGACUUGUUAUCAUUGCCAGUAUAAUAAUAAUCAUAAUGAAACCAAAAUCAAUCAGUUGUGGUGUUAAGGACGGUAGGAGAAGGAUGCAUGUAGUAGAUACAGCCAGACAAGCUAUAUUUCAUCAGCACUUUACGAAAAGAUAUUUUCAACACGAGAGACACUUGCAUCCAAGUUCUGCCUACCUGCAGUGAGCAUCAGAUACAAGGUAGAAGUACAUAUGUGGAAAAUAAUUUUAACUAAAUACUCUGUGUAGCAGAAAACACCUUUCCUAAAAAACGUAUGAUGAAGCACUGAUGACAUUCUUAUGUGAAAAUGUGUGUGUAAGAACUGUUUGUGUUAAAGUGUGGAUGGAAAAUAAACAAAAAUUUGAAAGUCUAGUAACACACCAUGGAAGUGUAUAUAAUAAAAAGUAAACAUGCUUAAUUUGCCAUUUCUGUAGAAGAAUAGGUCUGACACCCCUCAACAUCAUCUUGAAAGCCAGCUCCAAAGAAAAAUCAAACAAAGGGAAUACACAUAGGUGAUUGCGCAGAACUGACAUUUUUGCCCAAACAUUUUAAUCAGUUUUGAGAAAGGAAAAAAAUACUAGAAUGAGACAGUCACUGAGACAGGAACCAGCACUAAUUUAUUUAGUCCCUUUUCUGACAGCAGAAUUUGCAGUUGUGAACUAAAUAUGCAUUUCUUCCAGAAGACCAACAUGACAUCUUCACCACCACAAGAACCUCAAAUCAUGCAGCCAUUUUUUUAUGAUACUGCUACUGUAUGAGUUUUUUCUUGCAUCCUGUAAUAUACUCAUACUAAAAUUUUAUUCAAUAUGAAUAAUUUUUCGAGAGACUUAAGAUAUGUCAUUAAUGAAAAAUGCAAUGCCAUUUCUUGCCACACAGAAGGAAGCAACCUAUGCAAUGUAUUUAAAUUCACUAGCCACCCACAGGUGUCCAGAACUCAUCCACUCCUCCCACAAAUAUCAGGCUAGAGAAGAUGCAGGGACAAAAUGAGUUCACACUAAUAUUUCUAAAAAAGUCCAUAGUGCAGAUUUCAUUAGUAGAGUUCAAUGUUUGAGAUGAACUGACCAGUGACACAUAUUAAAACAAAGAAAUAGCUAGUGACACAUGAUGUGAGGACACAUAUCAAAACUGUGGUACCAACAAAUUCUUCACUUACAGUACCUUUCUUCAUUUUAACAUCCAGUAGACUCCAGCAAUAUAUGAGCAACUGAAUAAGAAAAUAACUAGCUCUUGUAGAAGAACAUAAGUUUAAAAUGGCUAAUAUCUAAGCCCACCAUUGGACAUGAUCCUGAGCCACUUACAUCCACCUCCCAUUACCACAACUAUAUCCCUAGGAUCCAUCUUAAUGUUAUCCUCUCACCUCCUCCUCACUCUUCCAAGUGGCUCUGUCUCCAAGAGAUUUCUGUCUGCAUUGUUUGUCUUCAUCGUCCUAGCUAAAUGUACAACCCAACUAAGUCUAAAAAAUAGUGAACUAUCCUAACUGUAACCUGUAUAAAUCACAAACACACAUUUAUUCCUUCUUAGGUCCAUACAUCCAUAUGUCUUUAUAAUAAAUGUAACAUUUUAAUACAUUAUUAAAUUAUAAACCUACAUUGUAAACACGUUAAUUUGUUCUUCAAUAUUCUCAAGAAAAAUUUCAUACUUAAGCUACUAUACACUUCUCUGUACCAGAUCCUUCAAUACAAAUACAGAGUCAGAAGUGAAGCAAGAAAUGAGGACAGAGGCAGAGAUGGUUGGUCAUAUGUUCUCGCUGGUCAGGUCUGUCAUACCAGCUUUGUCAGCCAAUAAAGGUCCAUCUGUUAUUUUGGACCAGUAUAUAGCAUGGACUUAAUUUUUGUCACUUCAUCCAUAUCCAUGGAAAUUAAGUAAACAAAUCAAGAAGUUAAAAACCUAGUAUUUUAUAGUUUUCAGUAAUGUUUUGCACCAUCCUGUCUAAUGGGUACUGGGAUUCCUUUCCUUGGGGGUAAAGUGUAGCCAGGGCAUGAAGCUGACCACUCACCUGUCUAGUGCCGAGGUCAAGAAUGAGGAGGAAUUAUAUGCCCCCCCCCCCCCAAGUACCUACAUGAUGUAUAGCGGGACAGCUUUACUUUACUGCUUAACAAUGGAGUGAUAAGACAUAAACAAAGCAUAAUCCAAGUUAGGAUAUCAUAAGAUGCCAAAGCAUACUUAUCUGCAAUGUAGGGUAGUGUAGACAGGAAAAUAACAAAGUGAGUAGUGUGGCGUAGUGGUUAUAAUUAUGCUUUGUAUUUGGAAAGCAUGUGAUUAAACUUUUGACUGGUACCACUUAUUCUCAGUAAGAGGCUGCAUAGCUUUUUCAGUCCUUCCACAUGAAUUCUGAGGAAGCACAUUAACUAACUAACUAACUAGAUGGCUUAUGGAACCUGAAGGUUCAUCACAGAAUUAACCAAAGCCCUCCACUGGUCCCUGUAAAAAGACAUAAUCUCUUCCUCUCUGUCUACCUAAAACUCUUUGUAACCACCUCCCAAUAUUCCCAUGAUUAUUUCCAGUGAUCCUCACCUCUUCAAUUAAUGCUAGAUAACUUCAGUAAUUUAUCCAAAAUUGAUAAAUGUGUUCCUUUUCAUGCUCAUACUUUCUUUAGGGUUAUAAUGUGUUUACAAGCGCAACAAGCAACAUGGCUGAAGUCCAAAAGCCAGUACAAUGCAAUUUUUAUGGAUAGCUGCUGAGAAAGCAAAUUCUGACAAAUCACAAAUUUUGGUAUUUUAUAGGAAGAACUUGUUGGUAUUAGCAACAGAUAGACUUCUACAACAGACAUGCUGAAAUAAGCAUGUGUUAGUUCAAAAUACAACAGAGUAAUCUGUGCUUAAUACUUAAUUUUAACAUUCUUUUCAGUUCAGAGAUACUUAAACAGAUAUAAUGUACAAUUUUGCAAGAAUCUGACUUGGAGAAUUAUACAAAAGCAGGCUAAACAUUGUAAAUAUUAAGGUACAGAGUGUUAAAUUUGUGCAGCAGAAGUUAUUGUGUGAUGUGGCCGAGGUUGUUCAUCCUGAGAUGGAGCUGCUUCUGAUGAGGUUGUAUCGAAACCCUCAUGACUGCUUAAUGUGUUCAUUUCCUUCAUCUUUUAUUAAAAUGCAGCUCCAGUUUGUGACACACCUUAUAUAUAAAACAGUGCUUGGAGUGAGUUGGGCAAUUGUUCCUGUGGUGUCCAGCAGACUGUAAACCCUCCAAUUAACUCCCUUUCUAAUAUGUGAUAUUUGUAUUGGCUCACUGCAUCAGAAAGUGUAACAUAUUUAUUAUCUCUAUAUUCUAUAAGUUAUUAUUAAAGUGAAGCAGGGCUGGUUGAAUAAUAUAAAACAGGGAAGAUUUCAACUUGUGACCUGAAGGGCAAGAAAGAGAGAACAAAAUAUGGGAUUCGAAAUGAAGUCCUCAAACUUGAUCUGAUCUAAACACAAUCAGAAUAGUCCAUAAGAGAUGGAGGGCUUAUGCUUGUAUAAAAGACAAUAUGUGUAACCUUUAGGUGUUCAUAUACCAUAAUACAUGUCACUCUUGCUCCCAGCACUGUAGCUACUGUGAUGUGGACAAUAUCCUCAGUGUUGUAAGAAACAGUUGUGAAUACUGGGAACACAUUUUGUAUCUCAGAAUCAGGUAUCCUUCAUUUUGCUCCACAAAUAGCUGGAAAAUUCUGAGAUACAAUACCCCAAUGACCAGAUAUUUAAACAAAUUUGGACAGGCUGUGGAACUGGCCGUCUUUUUAGCGCGGUGUAUAUUUGUAAGGCAAAGUAUUGUGUGACUUUUCAUGUCUUGAAAGAGACUUGUUCACAUUCAAGACACUGUGCAUCAGGGCAUAAGAAAUCGGUUGCCCACUCACCAAAAGCAAGUUAAGGGAUAGAGUAUAAAAAGUGUGUUAAGCAUCCUGCUAGACUAUUGCAUAUUGGAUUUUUGGAAGUGGUUAGUAGAUUCAAGUUUUAUUUGUGGACUAUGUUCUGCAUGACCGAAAUGAACUGAAUCAUCCAUAGUUGCGAGUUUAACCACUAACAGACCACGAAUAGAAGUGCUAAAGACACCUUGAAAGCCACUCAGGUGUCAAGUGACUAAUAAGCUUCUUUCAGUAGAAAAGAAACUUAUAUAUCAGUCAUAUGUGUACAGGAAAUAUUCAAAUACAACAGUAAAUAAUGAUGUUUCUAUCAUCCACAAAGAAAUGUAAUCAUAAACAAAUGACAGCCCUUUAUAAAAAUGAAAUUAUUUCUUUGAUAGAAAAAACUUAACAAUUUCUGUACUGAAGAUUGCUGUCUUCUGGGCUGUUAUGCCAUGUAGUAUGGUAGAUGUCCACCAAUAUUUCAGAGGUCAUACUGCCUCUGUCAUCAGGAUGAUGAAUGAGCCAAUAGAGCGAAAAAUGCUAGGUUUAUAGGGACGGCCUGAUGAUGGACAGAGUGUCAUACUCUGAAACGUUGGUGUACAUCUACUAUACUACACGGCGUAACAACCCAGAAGACAGCAAUCUUCAUACCCACCGCUGUGAAAACCUCAAAUCCAACAAUUUCUGUACUGCCCCAUAAAUAUCCAAGAAAUGAGUAUAAUUAAGCCUGUCUUUGGUGAGUACCAGAGAGAAAUCUAACUGAUACUAAAAUUUAGACUUUUACUGCAACAGACAACCACACUCACAGUCUGGUCCAAAGUUUCAAUAAGUUAUCAAGAAGUUCAAAAAAAAAAUAUAUAUAUUUUGCUGGUUUUGAACAGUACAAGAAUAAAAUCCUCACACCACAAUCUGUUCACCCAUUUGCUACAAUAUGUGUGAUGUCACAGUCCCUAAAUAAUCCUAAGCAGUAUCGAUCUGGUGAGCACUGUAAAGAUAAAUUUUAUAUUAUACACUGUUACAUGGCAUGAACCAAUAAAUUAUGUGCCCUUGCACAAUAUUCAAUAUAAGAAACCAAUGGAUAAAUUGGAAACAGAAGUCUUUGUUCAUUCAUUGACAGACAUGUCGAGUAUAUGUCCAUUCAUUCCAUUUACUAUAUUUCUUGAUAACACAACAAUUAUACAAACUGAUGUUUAGAAGGUUGUCUGUGAAAGGGAGGUGAGAAAAUAAUGGCUUCCAGUUUUACCACUGCCUGGUAAUGUAGUAGGCAAUGUGUGCAGUGUCUUGGAUGUGAAUGAACAGCUAAGUGUUGACCUCAUUAUCUCCAACAUUCAAUGAGCAGUGAGUUCUGUGUUCUAUUAUUCUUUCCCAGAACACAAGGCAAUUUGUUAUAUCAUUGUGUAUACAGAUGUAUUUGCUAAAAUUAUGGAACAUUUGAAAAAUGCCAAAGAUUACUAAAUAAAGAGUCAUGCUAGCAUUAA